AUGGCAGACGAAAAUACAAUUAAUGUCGUACUGAAAGUUGUACGUAAGGCAAAUCGAACAAAAUAUGAUACAUACAGUCGACAAAAUGUAGAAAUGUUUGACAAUGUCGAUGAAUUGAAAGAGUUUUUGUUGCGCAAUUUUUCUGUGGAACUAUCACCUGCUACGACGACAAGCUCAUUCAAUCUUGGGUAUGUUGCUGGAACAAAUAGGCGGGUGGUGAUAGCAAACGACAUCAACCUGGCCGAAGCAUAUUCUGUUGCUAAAGCAGGUUGGAUAACACUGUGGGCAGAGGCAAUUGUACCCCCUGCAGUGGCAGCAUCAAGAGGAACCAAACGAAGCCUCUCCCAUGCAACUGAUGACCUGGCAACAAACCCCAGUGGUAAUGGUAUUUACUUAACUUGUACAUCAUUUGAAAAAUGUUGUCUGUCUUACAAUUUCCAGCUAGGUAAAGUUAUACUCAAAUAUAUAAUAUUAGCCUACAGUAGUAAUAAAAUACAAUUCAUAUCCAUAGGAUCAAAUUCUUCUGAAGCGGCAGGCUAUGAAAGUACAUUACAGCGACUCAAAACGAAGCAUAGUUCCGAUUACCCUAAAUUUAAACUUAGGGUUUGGGCUAAAAUGUUGGUAAGUUCUAAUGUAUUACUUGUAUGUCUCUAAGUUACUGCAUGCUGCAUGCUAUAUUCUAAACUUUAUGCUGUUUAGCCAGUUGUUUUGUCAGUAAUUUACUCGCCUCGAAAUUGUUUAAUUAUAGACCAACGGCACUCACGACAGCCACGAUAUGCCGCCAAAAAUACCUUCGUCGUCGACUACCCCUGCGACGGUAACGACAGGAGCAACACUUCCUGGUUCUGAAACAUCGGAAACGGACAUGACAGAGCAAAAGGUAUAUCAACAUACCAUUUUUGUCGAGAAAUAUUUUUUUAUAAAUUGGAAUAGGGUAUAAUAAUAUAUAAAUUGGAAUAGGGUAUAAUAAUAUAGGGUAUAUUAAUUAACUUCUCGAAAGCCAAAACAAAAUCUUACUGCAAGUGAUUGCAUUUCGUUUAAAAAGUAAUUGGUCCAGCAUGUCUAUAUAUAACGAGUUUGCGGUCCCGUUAAGCACAGUGUUCAAGAUGAAAACAGCUUUUGAACACAGACUUAGUACACAAAACAAUUUUUAUUGCAUUAUAAUUAUGUAGGUUCGUCUCCGUUCAAUGAUUUUGCAACAGCUGAAGGAUUUAAAAAGCCUUGAAGAAACAGGAGUUCUGGACGAAGAGGAAUUUAAAAAUCAAAAAUCUAAGCUACUCAAAGAGUUGUCAAGCUUCUAA